AUGGAAGAGAAUCACAAAAGUGUGACUAUUAUCGACGGGAUUUAUGGACGAUUAUCGAGCAGCUUUAAGAUAAGCGAUGCAAAGCGAAGGCAGGAGAAGAGUGGUAGUGCCAAAGAGAGGAUUCGCAUAUCGUCAUCCACGAGCUUUUAUUUUAAUGGGUACAACGCUUGCUAUGGAUGUGAUGAGACCGUGAGAGAUCGCUGUGCGCUUCUGUGGCUUUACAAUCCGUUAACGUUGGUGAUCUCGACGAGAGGUAACGCAGAUUCAUUGGCAGUUCUCUUAGUCGCGCUCACGUUGGACUCGUUACAGAGAGACAAAAUUGUUUUGACCGGAUUGUUGCACGGGCUAUCUGUACAUUUUAGAUUGUACCCGCUAAUGUUCAGUUUGCCUAUGUUUUUAUCUCUUCGUAAAGAUAAUCGCGCUAUCUUGCCGAACUGGGACCAAUGGAGACUCUCGCUGAGUUGUGCGUUCUCGAUCGUCACCUUAACAGCCGCGGGUUAUUAUCUGUACGGUUUUAAAUGUUUGUAUGAGAGUUUGAUAUAUCAUUUAGUGCGUAAAGACACGAGGCACAAUUUUUCUGUAUACUUCUAUAUGCUCUAUUUGUCCGCUAAUCAAUCGCAGGAUGUAAUCCAAAAGAUUCUUACGUUUCUGCCGCAGUUAUUACUAUUACUGAUGUCGUCAUAUUAUUAUUCGGAAAGAUCCAAGUUACCGUUCGCCAUGUUCGUUCAGGCAAUAAUCGCGGUGAUGUACAAUCCGGUGAUAACGUCUCAAUAUUUCUUCUGGUUUCUGUCUCUGUUACCUCUGUGCCUACCAAGUAUCGACAUGAGUCUGCAUAGGGGCAUAUGCUUAGCGUGUUUGUGGAUUUUGAGUCAAGCUGUUUGGUUGUUUACAGCUUACAUGCUGGAAUUCCAAACUUUUAAUUCGUUCGUUUUUCUUUGGAUAUCUGGUCUGCUAUUUUUUGCUGUUAAUGCAAAAGUUUUAGUAGACAUUAUUCAUCAUUAUAAAAGUUAACUCUAGUUAUAUAACAUUUGUCUCAAUGCGAUUCUGUGCAUAAGAAAUAAAUAAUUCGAAAAAUGUAGUACAAAUCAGUGAAUAAACUUUUUUACGUACGUCUCUGAACGGAUUAUAAUGUAAUGAAGUAUAAUGUAAUGUAUAAUUAUGCGGGAUGAAAAAAUGUGCAUUGAUUUUAACUUAAAAACAAACAAAAAAUUUAUUAAUUUUUAAACGAAUUUUUACAAGAUGUCACAAAAUUACAAUUUAAAUUUAUUUAUGAAUUCUUUACAGAAAUUAACAUUGAUUUUUGAAUCAAAUAAUUGUUAUUUAUUUUUAUAGAUUUUAAAUUUUCAUUAAAUGAGCACGGUGAGAUGCGAAAAAAUUGUAUAUAAGAAUUCUUUUGUCUAAUUUCGUAAUAUAACAAAGUUUACAUCUGUAAUUUUGUGACAUCUGUUAUGUUAUUAAACUCUUGGAAAAUACCUAGGAUAGCAGAUAGUGGAUUGUUCAAAAAACUUGAAUUUAUUUAAGUUUUAAUAAAAAAGCACAUAUUAUCUACAAGUCUGAUUAUUUAUAAAGUAUCACUUUCAUUAGUCUACGCGGUACUUAUAUCGGCGUUAAAAAUAUCAGACGAGUUAUAAUGAUUCUUAAUUUUAUUUUUUUUUGCAGGAAUACAAAAUACUUAUUUACAGAUAGCUUCGUAAAGUAAUAGUGGUAGAUUCUGAAAAGGAAUGUAGAUAUAUUAGUAAUAAUACAAUAAUCGUAAAUCUUACUAUAGUAAUCUAGAUUAAUUGUGAGCAAGAGCAUCUCUUGGAUCAUCUUCCGAGAUAUUUCUUCAUCGAUUCGAUUGUUCUAAGCUGCUAAAUAUCAUGACAGUAAUAUUAUUGGGUCAUUUCUUGUCUUGAUUGCAUGGAGUAAUGCAUUAAAAUUUUUCUAUCACCACAGUCUGUAUAAUUAUCCGCGAAGAUACUUGUCGCUUAUAACGAAGACGCCUGAGAAAUAUGUCAAAUAUUAUAUCAAAUUUCAUUUUUUAAUCUAAAUUUGCUAGUGUUUAAAUAAAAAGAGAACGAGAAUCGUGUUGCUUACGACUGAGUAUAAUACGUUUGAUUUAAUACGUAGAGGUGUCGUUAUCGUUUCUUCAGAUUAUGUUUUCACAGAAGCGUGCUUUUUUUCGGCGAAAUUCUCUCGACGACACGAAAUGGCCCAAUUGAUACGAGUCGAAAGAAAAAGGAAACCCAAAUAGGUCUUUUCUUUUAUAUAACUACGGGUCUUUUUAUGGCGGAGAUGAUGAUGAAGUGCAACAUAUAAAAAUAGCAUUAUUUUCUUUCAUUGCUUUCAUUACAGUUUGCUCAACUGUGUGCUAUAUGAAGUAAUCUAUUUUAUUUGUUCUCUUUCUCUCUUUUUCUUGAAACGGAUACACACGACUGAUCUUCGUCAAACGCCUGCGCGAAACGUUUGCACGGAGAUCAGUCCGGAUAACAUUGAGGGGGGCGAAGUUCCGGGUCACGCAGAGAAUGAAAGUACAGGCCACCGCGAUCGAAGCGAUAAAAAUUAUAAAUAAUCUCCAUCUUGGCCGCGCGGCCCGGAAGUUACUCCCCACGGGAGAAAAUGUUUUACAUUAUUCACACACAAACCGAUCCACCGUCUCGUUAAGCCUUCCCUGAAAAAACGAAUCGUCGAUAGUAUACAAAAGGAAUCGUACGCGCGAUUACGUGAGAUAUAGAAGACUAUACUUGGGCGAAUACAGCAACGAAAGUCUUGCUUUCCGAGGCACAUACAUGGAAAGUGCAAAUUCAUCGUCUUUCACUGCUCGCGCGAAAGCCGAACACUUUGGAAAAAAAAACAAAACAUUUUAGAACGUGCCACUCAAGAAUAAAGCAAUUAGAUAGAAAAAUUUUUUUUUAAUUAUAUAAUAUUAAUUCCGAUUAAUUCAACCUACUCCGCAUUUUUUGAAGAUUGAACGAAAAUUUCGUGAAUGUGAAAUAUUUCGAACAUUCUUGCGGAAUAUCUCGCAAUUUUUUUUUCGUCGUGUUUAUCCGUCCGUGAAGGAUUUUAAAUCUGCUAGGAUAACUGCGACACUAAGUUAAAUGUAACAUUGUAACAAUUUCCAGAAUAGAAAGAGAGAAAAUGAAUUUUUUUUUAAGGAAUAUUGUGACGUCUAAACAAAGUGUCGUUGUUAUUUGAUGACUUUAUAAUUAUUAUUGCUCUUAUUGUUGCCACUGUCACUAUUAUCCUAGUGUCACAAUUACUCCGCAUGACCCUACGCGCCGAUACUAUAUACAUAUAAUAAUAAAUAGAAUGGGUGCACCGAUGCAUAUGUUAAUGCGCUCUUUUAAGAAAGACGGCUGGCUCGGGGUUGCUUCUAGCAUUUUCUUUGCAACGAUGCAACGUUGGUCGCACAAAGAUUGCCUUGUUUCAUCUCGGCCUUGCACAAAAUGAGAAACAUAUACAACGUUACGCGGAAGCGAGAUACGAUGUAAUUUCCAAUAUAUCGACGCAUCGAUAAUUGCGCACUGGAUAAGGGAGCAUAAAAAAAAUAGCGUGCCGCAAUAUCCGAGGUAUGAGUCAAGAAAAAACAUGAUAUGAGAACGAAGGAAACGUCAGACUAAUGGGGGGGACUAUGUGUUAUGGCAAAUAUUUAAUAAAAUAUAAUAACAUUGGCGAUAUAUAGAUAUAUACAAAUUACAGUCUAAGGAAACAUAAAAUAAACGGCACUACGUUCGCUUAACGAUAAGUACGUAAAUGGAUUACAAAUAACAAAAUAAUAAUUAAUAAUAAUAAUAAUAAUAAUAAUGAUAAUCAUUACUACAUAAUAAGGUUGCACGAAACUGCGAUCACCAAUAAAAGAUAAAAUGUACAUCUCGAUAAAAUAGAUCGUAUAUAUAUAUUUAUGUUCCUCAAGCUAUAUAAAAUCGUAUUGCUAGUAAAAAUUACGUUGAUUUAAACAAAUUUUUAGAUAUUAUACUUUCAAAAUCUGUGAUUGGUGCAACUAAAAAGAUUUAAGAGAAAUACUGUAUGAAGAAAAGGGAAAUGUAUUUACUUUAAUUAUACAUUUUAAUAAUCUCUGAUGAUAAUUAAUCGAUAACAGUUAGCAGUAUUUAUAAGAUAUUGACAACAAAAUCUUUUAAGCGCUUUGAUUGACCAUAAUUGAUAAUUAUGGAUAAUUGACCUAUUAUUAUAUCUUUAUCUUAUAUCUUUAAGAAGACAUGAUUCAUCAGGUAAUGAAAAUAAGGUAAAAGUAUCUUGCUUUGAAAAAUGAAUUCUGAAAAGAUAGAAAAAUGACUUAAAAAUUUCAUAGAAAAAUUAACGUGUGUCGAGUUACACCAGUCUCAUAUGUACGGAACUAUAAUAUGCACAUUUGUAAAGGAAUAAUUAAUAAUAAAAGUAAUUAAAGCACUCGGUGAACGUGCACACAAAUUAUGCGACCACGUACAGGAUGUAAUUCAAAUAAUACACAUGUAAUGUAACGUAAAAUAAAAUCUCUUUGGCUUUUUA